AUGGAUUUAACGCGCUCAUUGUCGCUGCUGGUCGUUAUUUUGUGCUUUUGUGCCUCAAACGCCGCAGGUCGGGGUCAGGGUCGGGGGUUCAUUGGGAUUAAGGACCCUGAGAACUCGGAUCAGGUGAUCGUAGACCGGGCGACCUCUGAAGCCCUGAAGAGUAACCUGACCACGGUCUUCCUCCCCAUCGUCUACAUCAUCGUGUUCGUGGUGGGGCUCCCCGCCAACGGCAUGGCCAUCUGGGUCUUCCUGUUCCGCACCAAGAAGAAGCACCCGUCCUCCAUCUACAUGGCCAACCUGGCGCUCUCCGACCUGCUCUUCGUCGUCUGGACGCCGUUAAAGAUCUCCUACCACUUCAACGGGAACGACUGGACGUACGGCGAGCCGCUGUGCAAAGUCCUGGUGAGCUUCUUCUACGGGAACAUGUACUGCUCCGUGCUCUUCAUCGCCUGCCUCAGCGUGCAGCGCUACUGGGUGGUGGCGCACCCGCUGUCCCACCAGAGGAAGAACAACAAGGUGGCGAUCGGCGUCUGCGUGGCCAUCUGGGCGUUCAUCUGGCUCACCAGCACGCCGCUUUACCUCUACGACCACACGGUGCACCUCAAAGAGCCCAACAUCACCACCUGCCACGACGUCAACUACAUCCAGGACGUCCUCGACCCGUUCCCGUCCGUGCAGCUGCCGUACUUCUACUUCCUGUUCAUGGGUUUGGUGGUGUUCCUGGUCCCGUGCGUGGUCAUCGUGGUGGCGUACGUGCUGCUGCUGCGCGCGCUCGGAAACAGCAUGGACGACAGCUCGGCGUCUAAGAGCCGGCAGAAGGCGGUGGUGCUGAUCGUGCUGGUGCUGGUCACCUUCCUGGUGUGCUUCAUCCCCAGUAACAUCAUGCUGGUGGUGCACUACUCGCUGCUGAAGGACGGCGUGGUGAACAACGGCUACGGCUUCUACGUGUCCACGCUGUGCCUGGCGAGCCUCAACAGCUGCCUGGACCCGUUCAUCUACUACUUUGUGUCGGAGGACUUCAGGGACCACGUGAAGAACACGCUGCUGUGCCGCAGCAGCCGGACGGUGGAGAGGAUGAGGGUCUCCUUCAGCUCCAUGAAGUACUCCCGGAAGAGCAAGUCGUACAUGUCGGAGAGCGGGAACACGCAGAGCAGCAGCUGUUAGAGAUCGCUGGAUAAAGGAGAUAAAGACUCCACAGUGUCUGUUCUUGCAAUGUGCUGCUACAGAUCCUCUGGCACACAACCAGCUGACCUCACCGCAUCAGAAAACCAAAGAGAAACUUUGAAUGUGAAGACGACUGUGCUGGGAGAACAUUUUAAUAUGUUGUGACUUCUUAACAAACUGUUUUUUUUAUUGUUUGAACAUGAAUAUACAGUACAGGC